AUGUGCAGAGCGUGUAGUAGUUUCGUCUUUCUGUUGCUGGGCUGUCUGUGGCUGGGUGUCUUUUCUGCACCACACAGCAUACCACGGGUGGAAACUGAUCCGGAGUUGACAGCGGGAUAUUUUCAGGGUGACAUGGACGUGAACUUUCUACGGAAUGGCGAAAUAGCUCCAACUCGUCACUGGCCUAAUGCCACAGUCUACUACAAAAUUGAUAAGGAGUUUGGCGCUCCAUAUGUGGCAUAUAUUGAAAUAGCCAUGAAGUUCAUUGAGCGCGUCUCCUGCAUAAGAUUUCUUCCUGCCUUUGAGGAGACUUUGGACUAUGUUUAUAUUAUCGUCUCCAGCUCGAGCUGUGGCUCCAAGGUUGGUUAUCGUGGCGGUGAACAGACAAUAAAAUUAACACCCGGCACUUUGGACAGCGGUUGCUUUAAAUUGGGCACCAUUCAACACGAACUACUUCACACCUAGGGCUUCCAUCAUCAACAAUGCUCCCCAAAUCGUGAUGAGUUUGUCCAAAUUGUCGAAGAAAACAUCACCGAGGGCAAGGAGAAUAAUUUCCAAAAGUAUGAGGAAGAUCGUGUGGGUGAUUUUGAUGUGGCCUACGACUACGGCAGCAUUCUCCAUUAUAGCUCAAUGGCCAGGACACGAGGAGGGGGCCAAGGGAACAAGUGGAUUUGCGGCCAUUACAUCUUUGGUCUGGGACAACUGCAACUGAGCCAUGGACUCAAAAUCUACACUCAGAAAAAAAACUCAAGAUUUCCAUACUUAAACUGAGUAACUGAAAAGCUGACUAAGUUCGGUAAUUCCAAAACUGAGUACAAAUAUCUUAUUUCUAACUCAUUUUUGCAAUAAGGAAAAUCUUAAAAUGCUAAUUUUCUGGAAUACUUUAAGUGCGCUUUGGGAUUAAUUGCAGUCUUCAAACGAUCCAAAUA